UUGUUUAUUAAUAUACUUUACACUCUUUAUACUUCACUACAGAGUCGUAAAGACGCCGAAGUUUCAACAUGGGACGACGAUAAGUACUCAUCCUCUUGCGGCAGCCCUGUUCCGCGGAUAUCUGAACCGGCUAGUCCGGCGCUUCCGCACAGAUUCGUCCACCGACGUCUAUUAUUUCCACUUAAAAAGAAAUAUGCAACAAACGAGAACGAAUUUUGGCGAGCGUCUUGUGAACAAAUCCAAGGACUGCAGGUGUUACAUUGGACAAUAGACGACGUUUGUCAGUUGUUGGUUUCCAUGGGUCUUGAUAAAUACGUGCCCGAAUUCACCAUCAACAAAAUCACCGGCGCUAAAUUUCUGGACUUGGACGGCACCAAGCUAAAGACCAUGGGAAUCCAAAAUCACUCUGAUCGUUCACUGAUCAAGAAGAAAGUGAAGAUGAUCAAAAAUCGAAUAGAACGGGAACGAAAAGUGUUGGAGAAGCAGAGUCGAUCACGUGUCAUCGCUUCACAAGGAAUGCACAUGCAAAUGUAG